GCUCACCUCUCUCUCUCUCUCUCUCCCUCCCUCUCUCCUUCUCUCCCCGUCUAGGUACGAAAGAAGGGCAUGUCGCGCAAAGGAGGAAGUGGUUCUUCACUGCCAAGGGACGUGCCUUGGAGGACCUCAAACGUCAAACCCAUCCCCAAAAUUCACCAUUCCCCUCUUCUCCGCAUAACCCCCAACCCUACUUCCAAUUACGCCCUCUCCGUCAUGAAGCACCCGAAUCCAGUGGGAAGUGGGUUGGCCAUGGAAGCUAUAGUGGAAUCCGCCGGACCGGAUUGCAUUGUCCCAGGACUAGUAGCACCCGUCAAAUUACUUGGUCUCAAGGUAUGGCCUAUUGAAGUUAACCUGAAAUUUUUGGAACCAGUAGGGCGAGAGCUGAAGCAGCUUGGAAAGUUCAUGGAUGAUGCUGUCAAUCUCAUGAAUAAAUCAUUUAUAGAUCGCUAGUUCAUCGAUUUUGUGGUAUCAAGAGGAUAGGUAAUUGCAGUCAGCAGAAGCCUAACCAGGAAGAAUGACUUAUUAUGUGGUCUCCACUCUCCACUUGUGUUGUCUUUGCUUGUGCUGUGGUUUAGGCGUAUGUAGUUGUUAGUAUCUAUAGAUCAGAAGCGGGAGGUUUCUUAUUUUGUAUUGUGGCAUGAAGAGUUCUCUGUUACAUGUUAUUUCGGCCCCCCAUAUAUACAGUUUUCCUGUUCAAUGUGACAUUAAUAGUUGAAUUUAAAUAAUACGAGUCUUGGAGUAA